AAGGAAGGCUUGCAGGAGUCAUGGGGAAUGUAAGAAGUGUCUCAGGUGCUAAUGGCCUGAAAAGUCAGGUUGUGGAGAUCCUGACUCCUCAGAAGAAGCCUUCGUUUCACCUCUGGUUCAAGAUCCUGCUCGGCCUAGUGUUCCUCAUCUUGUGCUUCACUCUGUACAGUGGCUCUCUGACAUGGACGACCUCUCCACUAAAAGGGCAUUACCACAGGUUCCUUAAUUGGACCAAUCUGCUUGAAGUCCAGUUUCCUGACAAAAUUCAUCCAAGCACCACAGUUAAUCUAAGAGAAAUUGAAGAAACCACCCAAUCCCACACGGAAGUUCCUACAGCACUUCCUACUGCAGCACCAACAGGAACUCUGUAUCACCAAGCCUACGCACGCAACUACCACUUCAUUAUGAAUAACCCAGAGGUGUGCAAAACCAAAACACCUUUCCUGAUCCUGAUGGUUCCAGUAGCACCAGGUAACUUAGAAGCCCGUGAUGCCAUCCGGCAGACAUGGGGCAACCUCAACCUGGUUCAGGGAGAAGUGGUGGUAACUCUCUUCAUGCUUGGAGUCUCUAAAGAAGCUGAUGUGCAGCAGCAAGAGAAGCUCCAACAGGAGAACCUUCAGCACCAAGACCUGAUCCAGAGUAACUUCAUCGACAGCUACCUCAAUCUGACUAUCAAAACCAUGGUGAUCAUGGACUGGCUGGCCACCUUCUGCCCUACAGCAGCGUACAGCAUGAAAAUUGACUCAGACAUGUUCUUGAACAUUGACAAUCUGGUGAUUAUGCUGCGUAUGCCGGGUAUACCCCAGGUGAACUACCUUACAGGGAUGCUUAUGUGGGACAGGCCAGUUGUCCGUUCAUUGGACUCCAAGUGGUAUGUCUCUGAGGAGAUGUACCCAGACCCCUCGUACCCGACCUACACCCUGGGCAUGGGAUACGUCUUCUCCAAUGAUCUUCCAAGGAAAUAUGUUGACAUCUCAAUGUCAAUAAAGCCCUUUAACAUAGAGGACGCCUACAUUGGCAUGUGCAUGAAAAAGCUAGGACUUGAACCCACAUCACCACCAAAUCCCUCCCAGUUCAAGGCCUAUGCCGGGGAAUACAACCGCUGCGAUUAUUCACAGGUCAUCACCUACAUCCUUGGUUCUGCUAAAAAUUUGAUAGAUUACUGGACAGACUUGAAAAAGCCUGGGCCACCUUGUUAGGACACUGACUUCUACAAAUACAGAGAAAUCGUUUGACUUGAAGGGGUUGGGUGACAGAGUUCUGGGAAUUGUACUUCCCACAGAGAGGCGGUGGACUAGUGGCAGAAACUUGGACUAUGGGCAGUAAAAGGUCUCUGGUUCAUCUCUGGUUCGACUCCACGGAGAAAAAACAAAAAGACAAACCUGGAUUGAUCUGUCCAAAAAUCCAAGAGGAUUCUCCCUACCCUGUCUAGUGCCCCUGAGCAAGGCACCUUACUCCCCCAACAUCUGCUCCCCGGGCUCCGUACAUAGCUGCCCACUGCUCUGUGUGUCCUGCACCAGAAGGGUUAAAAGCAGAGGUUUAAUUUCCCUCCUUGCAAGAGUGUGCUUGUGCAUGUCUUUGGGACAAAUAAAUGUAUCUUAAUCUUAUUUAUAGAAUUAUUUUACCUCAGUUCAGAAUGUGAAUGAGCCAAUUGUGAGUCAAUACAGUAGUUUCUAAACAACUGCACGAAAUAAAUAUGAGCAUUUAUUUACUUUGGUGAAUUUAAAAUUGCCAAAAAACCUUAUGAAGGAUCUAUGUAUUUGUUAUGGUUUAGUUUCUGAUAGAAAUGGGUGGAAGUGGAAAUGUAAUCAGAGUUAUUGGCGCCCUGAGGAUCUUUUUGAUGAGAGGGUUUCUUAAUUGUUUAUUCUGUAGUUGUUUGCACUAUACAUUUUGUAUUACAUUUUAUGCAAUGGUGCUGCACAAAUGUUGCAAUGGGUCAAAACCACUUGAAGCUAAUGGAAUAAUGAUGCCAUUGGUACAUUUUUGGGAAGAAAUGUUGAACAUUACAAUUAUUAACUCUCAGUUAAUCUUUUAAGUAAAAGAAGCCAUUGGCAACUGAAAGGGGCACAAGUUAUUAUUUUCCCUGUAUUUUUGCACACUAAUGUAUGUUUUGAAAUGAUAGCAAUAAAACAAACUACUAAGGAGUCCUUUAAAAAAUGUGAGCGACUAAGUUAGUAUUUGUCUGUGUGUGCUCCUGCUCUUUGUUCACCUCUUGUCUCACCUUUAGCUGAUUCUUCUACGAAGUGGACCUGACCUGGGAAUUACAGCUGCUCAAGGGACGUUUGGGACG